UCUGGGUGGCUCUGCCCCCGCCCCUCAGGUGAAGGCCGUGAAGGCUGCUUCUGCGGCACCGCUCCUCCUAGGAUGGCUGCCCUGGUUGUAAACAAGCCUGGAGCGGGACUAGACAGUGGCCGUCAGGGCAGCCGGGGGACGGCCGUGGUGAAGGUGCUGGAGUGUGGAGUUUGUGAAGAUGUCUUUUCUUUACAAGGAGACAAAGUUCCUCGCCUUCUACUUUGUGGCCACACAGUCUGUCAUGACUGCCUCACUCGCCUGCCUCUUCAUGGAAGAGCAAUCCGUUGCCCUUUUGAUCGACAAGUAACAGACCUCGGAGAUUCAGGUGUUUGGGGAUUGAAAAAAAAUUUUGCUUUAUUGGAGCUUUUGGAACGAUUGCAGAAUGGACAUAUUGGUCAGUAUGGAGCUGCAGAAGAAGCUGUUGGGAUAUCUGGAGAGAGCAUCAUUCGUUGUGAUGAAGAUGAAGCUCACGUUGCAUCUGUAUAUUGCACUGUAUGUGCAACUCACUUGUGCUCAGAGUGUUCCCAAGUUACUCAUUCUACAAAGACAUUAGCGAAGCAUAGGAGAGUGCCUCUAGCUGAUAAACCUCAUGAAAAAACCAUGUGCUCUCAGCAUCAGGUGCAUGCCAUCGAGUUUGUUUGCUUGGAAGAUGGCUGUCAAACUAGCCCCCUUAUGUGCUGUGUCUGCAAAGAAUAUGGAAAACACCAAGGUCACAAGCAUUCAGUAUUGGAACCAGAAGCUAAUCAGAUCCGAGCAUCAAUUUUAGAUAUGGCUCAUUGCAUACGGACCUUCACUGAGGAAAUCUCAGAUUAUUCUAGAAAAUUAGUUGGAAUCGUUCAGCACAUUGAAGGAGGAGAACAAAUAGUGGAAAAUGGAAUUGGAAUGGCCCACACAGAACACGUACCAGGUACUGCGGAGAAUGCCCGAUCAUGUGUCCGAGCCUAUUUUUCUGAUCUACAUGAAACUCUGUGUCGUCAGGAAGAAAUGGCUCUCAGUGUUGUUGACGCUCAUGUUCGAGAAAAACUGAUUUGGCUCAGGCAACAGCAAGAAGAUAUGACUAUUUUGCUAUCCCAGGUUUCAACAGCCUGUCUCCAUUGUGAAAAAACUUUGCAACAGGAUGAUUGUAGAGUUGUCUUGGCAAAACAAGAAAUUACAAGAUUACUGGAAACAUUGCAGAAGCAGCAGCAACAGUUUACAGAGGUUGCAGAUCACAUUCAGUUGGAUGCCAGCAUCCCUGUCACUUUUACAAAGGACAAUAGAGUUCACAUUGGACCAAAAAUGGAAAUUCGAGUUGUUACGUUAGGAUUAGAUGGUGCUGGAAAAACUACUAUUUUGUUUAAAUUAAAACAGGAUGAGUUCAUGCAGCCUAUUCCAACAAUUGGUUUUAAUGUGGAAACUGUAGAAUAUAAGAAUCUAAAGUUUACCAUUUGGGAUGUAGGUGGAAAACACAAAUUAAGACCAUUGUGGAAACAUUAUUACCUGAAUACUCAAGCUGUUGUAUUUGUUGUUGACAGCAGUCACAGAGACAGAGUUAGUGAAGCACACAGUGAACUUGCAAAGUUGUUAACGGAAAAAGAACUCCGAGAUGCUUUGCUCCUGAUUUUUGCUAACAAACAGGAUGUUGCUGGAGCUCUGUCAGUAGAAGAAAUCACGGAACUUCUUAGUCUGCAUAAGUUGUGCUGUGGACGAAGCUGGUACAUUCAGGGCUGUGAUGCUCGAAGUGGUAUGGGACUGUAUGAAGGGUUGGACUGGCUCUCACGGCAACUUGUGGCUGCUGGAGUAUUGGAUGUUGCCUGAUUUUAAAUGCAGCAGCUGUUUACAGUUUUGUGAUUAAGAGUUAUUUUGCACACAGUAUGUUGUAAUAAAUUCUGUAUCUCAAAGAUAAUUAGUUAACUUAGGAUGUGUAUAUAAAAGGACUCUUGGAUUGGAAAUUCAGUACAAUAUUGCUUUUAAAAUAUUCUGUAGUGAACUGUAUCUGAUUGAGUAGAUUAAAUUGGAUUAAAUAGGGACUUACUGAGUAUACUUUUUUGAGACAUUUGUUAUUUAAAUUUUUCAGAUUAUAUGUGACCCAUAUAUUGGGAAAGAAGUAAUCACAGAGAAAGGGUAGGUGAAGGUUUAUUCUUUCAAUGAAAAAAGAAUAUCUAACUGAGUGCCUAAUGGAACCUCUGUAUGAAGCAAGCGAAGCAUGGCUUCAUCUUUAACUUGCCUUUUCACUGGAUUUGGCAGUAUUAAUUUAGCGACAGUGACUUAAUGAAAUAAAAUCCAAACUGCAUCUUUGGGUAAUAGGAUUAAUUUAAUGUUCAGUAUAACAGAACACCUUUAAUGCUAAGAACUAUAAGCUAUUGAAAAUUAGUAUUUUAUACAGUGUUUCACUAAAAGUUUCUUGUAAAACCUUUUGUAUAAAACCCAGUGAGUCAGAAUGAAAUGUUACCCAACUAGGCCUGUCAGAUUAGUACUACACUGAAGAACAAUUCAUAAUAGAACUGUGAACGUCAGUUAUAUACUAGUUGAUCUUCACUUAUGAAAGACUCAUUUGUAGGGCUGAGCCUGGAUGUAAUAAUUUCCUAGGUCAGACCUCUAAAUUGGCCCUUGUAUUUUUCCAACAUAGUUAAAGUACUUAGUGUGUUUCUUUUUAACAUAAUAUUGCAUCUUUAGUGAGAGUGGCUACAGGUAAAAUGUAGUAAGUUACACAUAGAAACCUGGGUUGGUUUUGCAUAAAAGGUAGAGAUCUAAGUAGCAAACUGCCUUUACCUCAAGAGAAGUCAUUUAAGCAGUGGAGACUGCUUAUUACCUUACUUUAAAAUGUUUUCCCAAAAUAAGUGCAUUUAUCUUGACAAUAAAACAUGAUCAAGGCUUUUCAUGACAAGGCCUUGGAAAGCUGAAAGAACAUGUAGAGAAAGGAAAAGAAAUGUACAAAAAGUUUACACCACAUUUAUUAUGCAGUGUUCGAAGUAAAAGUUUAAAACUUGUGCUCUUUACUGUUUUUCAUUUUUUAAGGAAACUCCCUUAUUAUGGCAGUACAAUUUAUAUUUAAACAUAGCCAGAUUGGAUUUUAUGGGUUUUUAAAAAAUGUUCUUUAUAUUUUAGGAUGAAGUUGAAUCCUAAAUCUUAUUAUUUGAAUUCCUAUAAGGACAUUGAUGUCUGAUGACAAGAUGUGACUUUUCGGUGGCACUGUUCUAGUUCAGUCUCUUCAAAUGUAUUUUUGUUUAAAACAAAACUUUGAGAAAACAAUGCAUUAAAAAAAGUCCAUCAGUGUUAUGGGCAGUGUGUAAAUAUGUAAAUAUAAUAUUUCAUCCUUUAUUUUUCAAGUAAAAGGUCAUGCCAUUACAAAUGUAGCUUGUGCAUAUAAGUAAUUCUUCUGAAUUAGUAUUUGACUGAUUGCAAUAACUGUGAAAAAUUUAGAACAUGUUACAUUUACCUUGAGCCCUUGAACUGUUUUCUCUACUAGGUAACUGAAAAAAAAGUCUGACACUAACAUGUAAACUUGCUUUCCUUGUAAAUUAUUUCACCAAUUUAGCUAAACAUUUAAAUUCACGUUCCUAGCAUAUUGUUAAAACACAAUUUAAAAACUGCUUAGAAGUGAUUAUAAUGUACAUAACAGUAGUGUUUGUGUGUGAUUUUUUUUUUUUAAGAAAUAUUUUUCUCAGGUUCUUAUUACUAUUUGUGGUUGUAUUUUUUCACUAAUUAUUAGUUAAGAUUGUGUUAGUUCCCUCUGGGAAAUGUCAAAUUUAAGAGUAAGAGAAAGGUUUUAAAUACAGUCUAUUAGGAUUUGUCUCCUAGCUCUGAAUUUCUGUAUUAAGCCUUAAUAGUAUUGUAUGGUUUAUGAAAGCAGGCUUUUUAAAGUGUAUAGCCCUGGUCUGUAAUUCUGGAAUGCUUUAUAAUCACCAGAAGCCAUUAUUUGCAUUACAUAUAUGAUCAGUAUAGACAGCAAUAAAAUAUUGAAAUUGUUUUAAAGUCCUAUCAUUAUUCUAAAAAUUCUGUUUUUUGAACUGUCUAUCUAGUACUAUUGCUAGCAACCAGUUAGUCAUAUUUCUGCUGCAGUUAAGAAAACCAGUAAGACAAAAAGGGGAAGGGAUUGACUUGCAUGUCCAAUUUGAGAUGCAGUUUAUUAAAAAUUUAGAAAUAACUUACUAUUUGCAAUUUAGGUCCCAUUACAUGUUUUAUAAAUGUAAUGUUUUGAAAGGAGAGCUAAAAUUUUGCACUCAACAAAGUAAAACUUGCUUUUUAAAUUUAA